GUCAGCAUUUUUGGCUCAUAAGCAGGCCAGCAAAAAGCUAAAACACAAAAAAAAAGAGAAAGGAAAAUCAAAAUGAAAAUGAAAUAAAAGCAACAAUGCUGCACAUGGUAUAACGGCAGAAACAGUCGCAUCGACAAAAAGACAAAUGUCGGAGCAGCUGUAAAAGUUGCAGUCGUCGAGGCAGACAAAAGGCAGCAGCAGCAGCAACAACAACAACAGUGCUCACAACUGCAGCAACAAUAAAAAUAACAGAGCCAGCAGCGACGGUAGCAGAAACUAUAACAACAGCAUAAGUAACAGCAGCAACAACAGCACAAAAAACAGCAAAACCAGCAACAACAGCAGCCGCAAUAAUAGCGGCGACUGCAGCGUCAGCAGAGCAAUAGCCAAACAGCGGCAAAACAAACAGAGCCCAAAAACAAAGAAAUAACAAUAAUGCCAAAGAGCAAAGGCAAACAUAGCGCACCAAAAGCUUUGGCUUUUAACGAUGACGUGCACGAGCGCCAAAUGCAUAGAGAGCUUUUAUUUUGGUGUGUUUGUGUCGUCAUCGAACAUCCAGUUCGAACAUGUUGCGAACAACUGCGAAGGCGACAGGCAACUCAGCUCAAACGCACGACGGCGCUUGCACGAAACGGACGCGAACGCGGAAUUCAGAACGUUCAAACGGGAUAUUGCCUUUUCGCGCCAAACGGCACGAAAAACACAAUUUUUGAAUAUAACUCGAAAACCAUUUGAAAAAACUGCAAAUAAAUUUGGGCAAAAAGCUCGUAAAAACUUCUUCAUAUGCAUAUAUUGAGUAUAAUUUUUAACGUUUAUUAAUUUGAAGUGCAGUUGGAGUGAAAAAAUCAGCGGGCAAAAUUUUGCUAAAUAUAAAUCAAAAUACAAAAAGUGCAUAAAUUUAUGUUUACUACAUAUACAAGCCAAGUGUUUCGGUGUGUGCGAGUGUGUGUGUGUGUGUGUGUGCUGAUAUAAUUUAUCGAUCAAAUACAUAAGGCCGCAUAUUAACCGGCCCCGCGAGCACAUUAACUUCCCUUUUUUUUAUUUAUUGUUGUUGUUGUUGUUUUAUUUUCCAUGGAUAUUGACCAAGAAACGGCCACGUUUAUUUAGUGAGGCAGCGAAACCCCCGCCCGCCCCUAGACGAGGGGGGCCUGAAAAACAGUUAAUGCGAAUUAUGCACUCGCAAGUGCAACCACCACAGCAGCAGCAGCAGCAGCAAGAGCACCAAAUGCAUAGUGCACCCUGUUCUUAAGUAUACGAAACACAACCACAACAACAACAACAGCAACCACCACAAGAAGCACCACAGUCAUAAGCCACAAUCAGUCGCAAGUCCUCGCAAAAUGGUGGACGACAUUUCGCCGAUGCAUCAUCGCAUGCAGAAGAAGACGCGCAGCGCCUCGAUCUGUGCCACGGGGGGCAGCAUCGAGACGGUCAUCCAGAAUAUGCCCUCGGGCAGUGCCACGCCCGAGGGCGGCACGCCCGGCUACAGACGUCGCCGGCCCGCCACCCGCUCCCAAAGCGCACGCAUCACCUCGGGCGCCAGAUCGGUACGACGACGCACACAGGCGCAGCAGCAGCAGCAACAAACCACGCUGCAGGAGACGCGCCCAUAUUGCACCAGCGAGCCGCGUCUCAGCGAAACGGAGACGCCCCCGCAGCGCCGGAAGCUCUCCCAGCGCCGGCCGCAGCCGCACGGGCAUAGAAAAUCGAACGCCUUCCUGGACGUGCCCACAAUGAACAUGCAUCACCUGAGAGUGAACGAUGACGACGAGGAUGUGGAUCGCCUGCGCACAUUUAGUGCAUCCAAAGGAGGCAUCAUCAAUCGCGGCGACUCCUUUCGCAGACGUCGCUCGCGCAGCAACAGCCUCGCCCCGGUUAGUCCCAUGCAUCCGCGUAAUGCGAUGGCCGGGCUUAACGGUGCCGGCGGCGGCGGCAGCAGUCUGGGUCUGGGCAACAACUACAAUGGCGGCGGCAACAGCAAUGGCUUCGCCGCCAGCUCCGGCCAGGAUAAUCAUCAGCCGGUGGAAUUCUAUCGCGUCGAGAUGCUCGGCUCGCCCGGUGUCGGCAAACAGGCGCUCGUUUCCCAAUUUCGCACCUCCGACUGCAUCAAUGCCUACGAUGGACCAGAGUGCGAUGAGGCCGAGCAAAACGUUUCAAUUAUUCUGAAUGGCACCGAGUCGGAGCUGAAGUUCCUCACUGGCAAUCCGGAGAGCAAGGAGGAACUGGAGCAGGCGGAUGCAUUUCUGGUCGUCUAUUCCUGCAUUGACAAGGAGUCCUUUACGCGUGCCAAGCAGAUCUUAUCGCGUUUGCAGGACAUGGACUUGCUGCGCCAUCGACCCACCAUUUUGGUGGCCAACAAAAUUGAUUUGGCCAGAUCACGCGCCGUCUCAGCGCAGGAUGGUAAAUGCGUGGCCUGCACCUUUGGCGCUAAGUUCAUUGAGGUAUCGGUGGGCAUUAACCAUAACUGUGAUGAACUGCUCGCCGGCACUUUGACCCAGAUACGCCUGAAGAAGGAUCACAAUCUAUUGCAGCUGAAUCCGAAAAAGUCGAAAGACAAAACUAAGUUUAAAGAUAGCAAAGACAAGCACGUAGAGACUGUAGAAACAGAUAAAUGUCUGAAACUGACUGAUCUUAAGGCCGACGAUGCGGGUCCCCGGGACGGCAGCUCGCCGGCGCAUUGGUAUAAGAGCCGCAGCGUAAUGCUGGCCAGCAUGAAGGCGCGACAGAUGCUCACUUGGAUACUGGGCAAGGAGGACUCCAAGUUCAAGCACUGCGAGAAUCUGCAGGUGCUCUAAACACAAACAUAUAUUAAACUGCAGCAGCUCAACAAUAAAAUAAAAGUAAAACACCAAAUAAAUAAUGCUUCAAGUUAUGCGAGUAUUU